UCCACUGUGCUUUAGACUUCGCUGGCGUGACGCUGGGCUGUAACUCUGGACGUAGACGUUAUCUGUUGUGAUUAGUUCUGGUGUGGGCUGUUUAAUUGCACUUCAUGUCGUUGAGUUCGCUGGUCUCCGUGUACUGUACACUGCGGUGCUUGAACUUGGUUGGAUACCGCGUCUCCUCCUCCUCCUCGUUUUCUUGCGGUCUCAUUUUCUCAUUGCUCUCCCAGUAGUGCGUAGGGUUCAAGAGGGAGCGAGGAGCAAAGCCGGUGAAUCUAGCAGAAAGGGGCUGCUCGUCACCCGGUAUUUGUGAAAUCGCGCACUGCAUCCAGGAUUUGCAAAGCUAAAUCAGACAAGGUCCGGAUCACGCAAAGAUCGGAAAGUGGGAUUGGACGCGUACAGUAGUUCGGGACAGAGCAGUGAACAAAAUGACGCGAUUGCGCAGCAAAACAAACAGCAAGGCGCUGCAGCACGUAUCGGAGGAGUUGUAAUGUGAGCGCCUUUCCUUAUGCGAUUCCCUGAGACUCACUGUCCUCUCCCGGGAAUAACGCGCCAUGGAAGCGGGGAACGAGGUGGACUUAUCCAACAAUAAUAUCGCCCCUCUGUGGAAGAGGAGAUCUGCAAGCCAGAAUGGUUCAAGGGACCACGGCAAAGCCAAGCCCAGGCCUCUGAGCUACCAGAUCGACGGGGUCCUGAUGACGGAUUUCCCAGUGGAGGACCCGUGUUCCUUUACCCUGACGCAGCCGGCAGAAAACAUCCCGUCUCCAGGAGGCGCGGUGGUCUUGAAACACGUGCUGAACAGACCCACCCGCAAGGCGCGAGUGGUCAGGAGCAUCAGCAUCGGCCACCUGUCCAAUGGCAAGCUUGCGCUGCCCAAACGCAAGGCGGAGGUGGACAGGCGGGCGGGGAGCUGGGCCCCUGGAGCUGCGGGCGCCGCCGAGAGCGGGGGGGCCCGGCCCGGCUGUCAGGAGAAGAGCCCCUCCUGCCAGAAAACAAAGGCACCCCAGAAGCGGCUGUCCAGCCCCGUGACGCUGACGUCACAGAGGGACCAGAUCGUCUUCAGUUCGAGCCCGGGCCCCCCGCCGGUCAGGAAGGACACCGCCGCGCCCAGCGCCAGCCCCAGCCCCAGCGCCAGCCUCGCAGCCCCGUCUUGCUGCCCGCCCGGGUCUCCUGAGAAAGAGGGGGACCGCUCCCCUGUGUCUCCUCCCGGGGAGAGGCAGGUGCUCCACAGGGCGUCCUCCGGAGCUGCCCAGGACUCUCCCACGUCUCCUGCCGUAGUCCUGAGCACCCACAGCCCCGCGGCUCUCAAGAUGGGGACGCAGCAGCUUAUCCCCAAGGGGCUGGCGUCGGAGGUCAAGCUGGCCAAGGGCCACAGCCACAGCCUGCUGGAGCCCACCAAGCGGGCGCUGCGGGCCCUCAGCCUGGUGGAGAUGGGCUCGGGGGCCCUCUUCGGCGUGGGAGACGCGGACGGGGGGGGCGACCCGGACCUCGAGAGCCCCGGCACCCUCAGGCGGGGGCUGAGGUCCACCUCCUACAGGCGGGCAGUGGUCAGCGGCAUCGACGCGGACGCCGGGGCCCCCGCCAGUCCGCUGAGGGCCAACCACCUGUCGCAGCCCAACCUGAGAGCCGUGGAGGAAGACAAGGAGAGAUUCUCCACGCUGGGAAAGGGAAAAAAGAAGGGGCUGCCAACACAGGGAACUUUCGACAGUGAAGAGGAAGAGGUUCUGUAUCAGAACUACAAGGAGAAGGCUUUGCACAAUGAUUCUGAUGAGGAUGCAGAGCCUAAGGAGCAGAAGUCAGAUGACAGGAUUGUUGUGCAGUACAAACCAUUACGAUCCAUGUGGAGCCAGCUCACAGUGGUGAAGAAGAGCGGAAUAUUAGACAGAACAAGCCAGGAAGAAAAGAAGAGACAAGAGGCUAUUUUUGAAGUAAUUUCGUCUGAGCACUCUUAUCUGCACAGUCUGGAAAUUUUGAUUCGGAUGUUUAAGAACUCCAGCGAACUAAGCGAGACAAUGACUAAGACUGAAAAUCAUCACCUCUUUUCCAACAUCAGUGAUGUCUGUGAGGCUAGCAAAAAGUUCUUUAAAGAGCUGGAGGACAGGCAUCAACAGAAUAUUGUCAUUGAUGACAUCAGCGACAUUGUUGAAAAACAUGCCAUGUCGACCUUUGACCCCUAUGUGACAUACUGUUCCAAUGAAGUUUACCAGCAACGGACUCUGCAGAAGCUUCUGACUAAAAACCCCUCCUUUAAGGAAGUGCUUUCCCGAAUCGAGAGUCAUCCCGACUGUAGGAACCUCCCGAUGAUCUCCUUCCUCAUCCUGCCCAUGCAGCGAGUCACCCGCCUGCCUCUCCUGAUGGAUACUAUCUGUCAGAAAACAGCAAAAGACUCCGCAAAACACGAAUCCUGCAAAAAGGCAUUUCUGGCAGUGAGCAAGCUGGUCCGAUUAUGCAAUGAAGGAGCCAGGAGAAUGGAGAGGACAGAAAUGAUGUACACAAUAAACUCCCAGCUGGAAUUUAAGAUCAAGCCCUUCCCCCUGGUGUCCUCCUCCCGGUGGAUGGUGAAGAGAGGGGAGCUCACUGCCUUUGUGGAGGAGAACGGGAUCUUCUCCAAGCGCACCUCGCGGCAGCAGGUGUACUUCUUCCUCUUCAACGACGUCCUCAUCGUGACGAGGAAGAAAAGCGAAGAGAGCUAUAACGUGAUAGACUAUGCAUUGAGACACGAGAUCUCUGUGGGGCAGUGUGAAUCUGACGAGUUAAACCUGUCCCCUGUGAAGACCACGUCAGGGAUGCUGUACUCCCGGCAAGGAUCGACCAAUCACAUCUUCAGGCUUUCGUUCUGCAGCAACCAUUCUGGAGAAACAGUGGAAAUGAUCCUGGGUGCAGAAUUACUGAAUGAAAGAGCUCGCUGGAUAAGUGCGUUAGGACAAAGCGGCACUGACAGGAACAUCGCCGACAGAACAAAACUGAUGCAGGUGGAAAUUACACGGACCUACACUGCCAGGCAGCCUGAUGAACUGUCUCUGCAAGUGGCCGACGUGGUGCUGGUUUACCAGAAAGUUAAUGACGGCUGGUACGAAGGCGAGCGUCUGAGAGACGGGGAGAGGGGCUGGUUCCUCUCAGAGUGCGUGCAGGAGAUCACGUGCCAGGCCACCAUCGAGAAGAACAUGCAAAGAAUGGACCGCUUGCUGGGGCUGGAGACCAACGUUUAAACCGCUCUGAGGAUCCCCCACUGCCUUUCCCUCCCAGGUCUGCGCUGGAAGGACACGGCUGUCCACAUCCUGGGAAACACAGGAGAAACGCCUGGAGCACAACUGAGCAGUCUGGACUUUGAACUGCUUUGGUUUCAUAAAAAAGGGAAGGGAAUGCAAUGAGCAUUCAGUUUUAUGACCCAUCGGUUUUCUAUGUGUAUUUUGUAACUUUUGUAAAUUGUGUACUUCUGGUGAAUUUCACCUUUCACUUUUAUUUCGUCUUGAUUUUUGCAAAAACAGAUUUCAAUCAAGAGGUACUAGGAAAAUCUAGCAAAACGUCUUUAACGUCAGCCGGGUAGCUUGUCAAGACUCCUCUUCGUUUGGAAGGUAGCCAAGGUGACCGAGUGGCUUAUUUCCAUGGUGGUGCAGGAACCACUUAGCAGGACACAGUGCGGGAGAUUAAAACCGGUCCGUUGAUUGAUGCGCCUUCUGAACACGAAACGUAUUUGUACUCAGGGAAAAAAUGGCAGUUGCUGCAAAUCGUAAAUAUAUGUAAAUACUUACGUCUUAAAUAACCUAUUCAGAAACAUAUGUACUCUAUCCUGAUUGCCAUUUUAAAAGCCUCGAUAAAGAGAUUUUAUUGCAUUCUGUCUUUGACAGAAAAAAUCUGUCCAACAGAAUGCUUAGUCCUGGCAUGUCUCUCAUGGAGCCCCUUUUCAGAGGGGAUAUACAGUAACACCGGGGCAUUUGGAGAAAACCCGUGGGAGUUGGAGCCCGGGAAUACAAGCAAACUCCACAACGAAGCUGCAGUAGCCCAGGAACAAACUCGGGACCAAGGAGCUGUGGGGCGCCAGCGCUAACUUUCACACCAUCGUCCUGCCCAUUGAAGAAAACCAGUAUUUUGAUCUGUUUACUGUUUGUUACAUAUAACAAUUCAAUAAUUUUCUUCCACGUAUACAAUUGCACAAGGAAUUUAGUGAAGGAUGCAGGGGGGAGAAAGAGAAAAAGCAGCCCCCACCCCCCUGUGCUUUCUAGAGCUUGGUGGCUGAAGGAAGUUUUUGAAGCAUGAAUGCUCAGGAGAAGUAGUUAAUACCGCUUCUGAAAUGGAAGAUGAUGAGGACAAACGGAAAAAUAAAUAGGCUAAAUAAAUGGGCAUUGGUUAUAAUACUACGCCGCAAAAUUGAAUCUUCAAUUCUGUGAGUCUAAUGUAUAAAUGUAUUUAUCCAGGUAACGUAUGCGAAACAGAAGCUGAAUUUAUGUACAAGCCCGUAAUGAAAUCACUCCUCUGCUAAUGAGGAUUCUGCUGUUUUGGCAUGUUGUUUUUUUUAAAUAUUUAGUCCUCCCACAACACUGAAAGAGCCCGGGGGAUGCUCAGCCUGAAAACUAGAGUGGCAGCCAGCUCCUUGCUCUCAAGUGAUCAGCUGUGGACUCAAACCAGCUUCUGCAUCGUGAGGCCGGCCCUUCAGACUUAUCACUGCUCACAUAUUGCCUUUCUGAAAGGCAGGUUGGGCAGCGCAAAUGUAAGCCGACUUAAUGUUUUUUUACAGGAAAAUGUCAACAUUGUGUUACCUUCCUGCGUGAAAAAUUGUUUUAACAGCCAACUGUUUCAAAACUACACAACUCUGAGAGGCAGCUUUACUGAAAUACUUUAUGAAAGAGUAUUGGAUUGUGUUUUUAAAACCUUAAAAGAGAUUAAUUCAUGGGGACUAAUGACAGAGGGAUUAAUACUUUUUUUUUUGCAAAGACCUGCGAAAUGUUUACAAGACAAAUGAUCAGUGCUGUUUCGGCAAUGUAAAUCACGUAGCGCAUCAACUAGAAUUAAAUUUUUACAUAACUCUGUAUAAAUCUUGUAUUUAAUAUAUUCACCACAAAUAAUUUGGAUUGGUCUUUGGACUUUAUAAAGUCAGUGAAUUUCUGAACAUUAA